AGGUGUUAUGUCGUGAGCCGUGGUGGUGUGGCGGUCGUGGUUGGUCGUGGCCGUCGUGGUCUGCUUUCUAUCUGUGCUUGUGCUGAGACACCUCCGCCGCUGUGCAUCGGCUACGAUAUUACAUAGUUUUGCGGACUCUUAGGAAAUCGUCUUGUGUAGUGCCGAGGAAGUCGCCCAAAAUGUCUGAUCUAAUUAUGAUUUUGACGGGAGCUAUCUCCCUUGUUACUGUCAUUCUCAUCGGCCUGCUUGUUUGGAGAGGCAGCACGUCAAGUGACAAGGAACCUCAGGCUCGAGCGGUACCUAUAAACAGGGAAGGAGGUGCACCUGCAGGAAUACGGCGGCCACGGCGAAAUGUGCGGGCAAGGAUGGGAGCUGGUCGGCAACUUAAUGAUGAUGAUGAUGAUGAUGAAGAUGACGAAAUGCUGGAAGACAUGGUAGCAAUGCCGGAAGGAAAGAUUGGAGCUAAAAAACGCAAGAAGCUUGAACUGAAGGCUGAGAAACGGGCGCAGAGGGAGAGGGAUUUGGAGGACCGGGAAGAGCGCCGCCAAAAGCAGGCAAUUGAUGAAGAGCGAAGAAAGCAGGAAGAGCAGCGAGAAAAGGAGCUUGAGGCUGAACGUGAAGCAGAAGAAAAGCGGCUAAAGGAGGAGAAGGAAAAACAGGAAUUGGAGGAAUAUCUCAAGUUGAAAGAAGCAUUCUCAGUUGAAGGCGAGGGAUUUGAUGCUGCAACUGAAGAAGAGGCUCAAAACAAGCUACAAGAAUUUCUUGACCAUAUAAAGAAAGAAAAAGUUGUCAUUCUUGAAGAUCUAGCUGCCAAGUUCCAGUUGAAAACUCAGGAAUGCAUUGACCGUGUACAAGCCCUGCUGGCAGAUGAAACCUUGGUGGGUGUCAUUGACGACCGAGGAAAGUUCAUCUACAUAACACGGCAGGAGCUCGAGGAAGUAGCACAUUUCAUAAGACAGCGAGGACGAGUGUCAAUCAGUGAGCUUGUUGACAGCAGCAAUUCACUCAUCAACCUGACGCCAGCAGCGUGACAUUUGUACUAGUGUUUUUAUACAUUCUUAUAAAGACACAAGUGCCAUAAUUCACUGUGUUGUUUAUAGUUGUGUUAUGUCACUUAGUGCAAAUGGACAGAAGGAUUUUGGAGAUAGCUUUGGUGCUGAUAUUCUUACUAGAAUGUGCAGCAAUAAAGAGAAACUUGCUGCAUCCAAUGG